AUUAAAUAUUUAAGAAUCCUGUUUCAUGAAUCUUUCUAUUUCUGUAAAAUAUUUUUUUGUAAAUUUAUAUUUAUUGUUAUUACAUUUUAAAAUUUAGUAUUUUUUUGUUAUUUUGUUUUUAAAGUUAUUGCCUGUAUAAAAAUGAAAUCUAACACAUUUGAAAUUAUUCAUUUUGUUUUAAUUUUUUUUUUGUCAAAUUUUGUGCAUGGACAAUAUGAAUAUAGUCCAGAACUUUAUAAUAUUGAAGGUAAAGUUAUGGUACCAAAUAUGACGACAUCUUGGUUGGCAGAAACCAUUGUUCAUUUAAAAGGAGGUGAAGCUAUUGGAUUUUUAAGAAAAAAUGGAUCAUUUGUGAUAUCUAAAGUUCCAUCGGGAUCAUAUAUUGUCGAAGUUAUAAAUCCUAACUACAUAUAUGAACCAAUAAGAGUUGAAAUUAAUUCUAAAGGUAAAUACCGAGCACGCAAAGUUAAUUAUAUUCAGUCUUCACAUGUCCAUCAAGUGUCGUAUCCAUUAGAAUUUAUUAACUACAUGCCUGCAAAAUAUUUUUACACUAGAGAGCAAUGGAAAAUUACUGAUUUUCUCUUUAAUUCUAUGGUUUUAACCAUGGUAUUACCUCUUCUUGCUAUUUUGGUUUUGCCCAAAUUAAUGAAUGAUCCAGAAACAAAAAAAGAGAUGGAGCAAUUAACUAAUUUAAAACAUGAAAUGCCAGAAAUGUCUGAAAUGAUCACAACUUUUUUUACUGGAAAUCCGCCAACAACUAAUGAUAAACAAAAAGAAAAAUCAAAAGCAAUUAAGAGUUCAAAAAAUCAAAUAAAAACAACUAGAAAUAAGUAAUAUUUGUAAAUUAACCCUUUAUUAAGGGGUACAUUGUACAUUUAUAAUUUAAGGUAUAAAUAGUUUCAGGUUCUUUUUCUAUACAUAAAUGUAAUAAUUUGACAUAUUAUAUACAAAUUAAAAAUUGAUACAUUCAUAA